AUGAAGUCUGUUAUUCUCUUAGCGGUUGCGCUGCUGGCUAGUCAAGUCUCAUCUCACAUGGCCAUGACCUACCCGCCGCCCCUCCGAUCCAAGGAGAACCCCUUCUCAACCCCCGACGUUAUCGACUACAGCAUCACCAGUCCCAUGAGUGCCUCUGGCAGCGACUUCCCUUGCAAGGGCACCCUCAACCUUCUAGGAUCCCCUGCAGCCAGACCUGUCGCCACUUGGCAAGCCGGUAAAGAUUACAAUAUGACCAUCGCUGGCGGUGCGAACCACAACGGAGGCAGUUGCCAAGCUGCCCUCUCCUAUGACAGUGGCAAGACCUUCACUGUUAUCCAUAGCUACAUCGGCAACUGCCCUCCUCCAGGCACUUCGACAUUCAAGUUCACCCUGCCGGCGGAUGUCCCAUCUGCCCAGGAGGCCAUCUUCGCUUGGACCUGGUUUAACAACGUUGGCAACAGAGAAUUCUAUAUGAACUGUGCCGUUGUGACUGUCAACGGUGGUGCUGGUGCUGCUACUAGUGGCCAGACGAAUUCUGUUUCGUUUAGCAGCCGUCCUCAAAUCUUCAAGGCCAAUAUUAACAAUGGCUGCACAACUGCCGAGGGAUCUGACGUCGCGUUCCCCAACCCCGGCCCCGAUUUUGACUCUACAUCGAGCAAGACAGCUCCGCCUUCUGGCAAUUGCGGUGCUGUUGCUCCCAAUCCUGGGACUGGUGGUGGCAGCGGUGGGGGCUCUGCUGUUCCGUCGAACAGUCCAGUCCCUUCGAGUAGCCCUGCCUUAUCCAGCAACCCCGUUGCUUCUGUUCCCUCGUCUUCUCCGGUGGCAGAUCAGCCUAGCUCUGUGCCUUCCGUUUCCCCAGUAUCUCAGGACUUGUCCCAGCCUGCACCCAUCCCUACCCGCGCUACUGGAGGUUCUGCUCCUGCCACUUCGCUUCCUGGUGGCGUUUUUAUCCCAAUCUCAAGCUCUACCAGUGUUUCUUGUUACCCUGAGAUUGAGACUCAGACCACUCUGGCAACCAUUAGCAGACCGUCUCCGACAAAUGCCUCGGCAAGUACAAGCCCUUCACCCACCGAUAUUGCGCCGGUUCCUACGCCCACUGCCAAACCUCCAGGAGGCGACGACGCUCCCGGAGCCAUGAAACCUGGUCUGGCUUGCACAGAGGAGGGCCAGUGGCUCUGCAUUGCUGGUACCCAUUUCCAGCGGUGUGCCUCCGGACGGUGGUCGGUUAUCAUGAGUAUGGCUGCUGGUACCAAAUGCCAGUCCGGAACAACUGAAUUCGUUACCUGGGCUAAGAAGAGAGCCCAUAAGAGAGCCCACAGCGGUCGUCUUCGCGCUCGCUCUAAACACGUUUGA